AUGAAAUUCGCUCGACCGUCCGGCGGUAGCAUGGGGAGGACGAAGAAUGCCCUCCACUUUGCGCAAGCGUUCAUUAUAUUUCUUGCCUGGGCUUUAACCAUCGGUAUCUGGACCAAAGGUGGUAGCAGUAUCGAUGGGCGAACGGUUUGGUACUGGGUCCUGUGUUGGAUCAGUAUGCCCGCUUUGAUCUACCUAGCAGCAGUCCCCAUGUGGCCGCGAGCCCGUCGCUUCGGUAACGUUUACGCUUUCGCCACGGUCGACCUUCUCUACACGAUCUUCUGGUUUAGCGCAUGGGUGUGUUUGGCCUCUUAUGUGGCUCAGGGUAAGAGCAUUGGAAAGACAUCAAGCGACAGCUCCAGUUCCAGCUCCUCUUCGUCUUCGAGUUCCAAAAGCCGCCGAGCCGACAAGACUAUCCGCGCAGCUUCCACGACCACCACCGCAGCUACUAGCACCGCUAGCGGAUCUGGAUGCCACAACUGGGCGUAUGGUAAUGCGACAAAGUGCAACCUAAGCGAGGCCGUUACUAUUAUCGGUGUCGUCAUCUUCAUCCUUUUCGCUGUCACAGCUUGGAUGUCCGUCCGCAAUGUUAUGCACUUCCGUCGCACAGGCACUCUCCCCGAUGCCGUUUCCGACCCCACAUUCGCCGCUCAAUCCAAGGCUGCCUUCUCCUCAAAUCCAGCCCACGACUUCGAGGAGGAAGAAGAUGAUUUCCGAUCCAGCCGCGUUGGUGGUAUGGGCUCAACCCGCAGCGACCGCGACGAGGAUUAUGCCCUCUUGAACCAAAGUGAGAUCGAUGACCUAGGCAACCCGAACGGCCGGUCCGCAAUGCACGGAGCCUACGAUCCCACUGCCUCAACUGCCGGAAGCACUAUCGGCGAUUUCAACAGCACACCUUAUGGCGGUGCCCACGGGCAACAUUAUCAGCCGCCGUCGGAAGCGUACACACCGUCGGAGUAUUCAACGGAUACCACGGACCAUAGUCCAAGCACCACCAAAAUGGCCAGCGAAAUCGACCUUUUCACACAAUACAGUCUCUACAUGGACCCUGCCUCAAAAGCAAUCUCUCACCCAGGCUCGCUGCCCUCUCAAUCCCAAACAACAACCAUUACCAACGAACUAAACGAAUUGAACAACCUUCACCGUACUCUUCUAUCCCUCGAUGGCCCAGGAAUCCCCCCACCACCUCUUCCAGUGAACCCCAAGCGUGCAGCCCAAGUCGCAAAGCUCCGCGAUACUGGUAACGCCGCAUACCGGAAAAACAACUACGAGGAUGCAAUCAGACUAUACACCUUCGCGAUUGACAUGUCGCUCUCACGACCGGGUUGGGAACCCGUCGCACUGGCACGAGAGGAAUUGGCUGGGUUAUUUGGAAACCGUGCGCAGGCUUAUAUGGGUAUCCAGGCUUGGCCGGAGGGAUUGGUCGAUGCGAAGGCUAGUGUUGAUUCGAAACCCGUGGGCAAUGUUAAGGCUUGGUGGAGGAUUGGAAAGUGUUUAGCGGAGAUGGGACGCUAUGAUGAGGCGAAGACCUUUUUGAGUAAGGGAUUAGAGAUCGAAGGAAGGGUCUCUGAUGGUGGGAAGGAGUUGGUGGGCUUGUUGGGGGAUGUUGAGGCGGCUUUGCAGCGUAAGGCUUAG